ACAUGGUGAUACCUCAGUGGACUCACAGCAGGGAUGAAGCGUGCAGAUUGUGUGAAAGUUUCAUUAGAAGUUCCCAAGUCAUGAGACACUUAUGGAAGAAUUUCCAGUCAAAAUUCCAGCCUGGUAAUACAUCAGAGGAUUAACUCCAUGGAGAAACCGUAUAAAUGUCGAGAUUGUGGGAAAGGUUUUAUUAUAAAUUCCCAUUUUAUUAUACACCAGAGGACUCACACAGGAGAGAAACCAUUUGAAUGUCCUAUCUGUGGGAAAAGUUUCAGUCAGAAUUCCAACCUUGUGAGUCACCAGAGAACUCAUACAGGAGAGAAACACUUUGAAUGUCGUAUCUGUGGGAAAAGUUUCAGUCGGAAUUCCUACCUGUUAAUACAUCAGAGGACUCACACAGGAGAGAAACUGUUUGAAUGUCCUAUCUGUGGAAAAGGUUUUGGUCAGAAUUCCCACCUCAUGAGACACCAGAGUACUCAUACAGGAGAGAAACUGUUUGAAUGUCCUGACUGUAGAAAAGGUUUUAGUCAGAAUUCUGACCUCAUGAGACACAAGAGGACUCACACAGGAGAGAAACCCAUUGAAUGUCCUAUCUGUGGGAAAAAUUUCAGUCAGAAUUCCUACCUGAUAAUACACCAGAGGACUCACACUGGAGAGAAACCCUUUGAAUGUCCUAUCUGUGGGAAAAGUUUCAUUGAUAAUUCCAGCCUGGUAAUACACCAGAGGACUCACACAGGGGAAAAACCCUUUGAAUGUCCUGACUGUGGGAAAAGUUUCAUUAGAAAUUCCAACCUCAUAAGACACCAGAGGACUCACACAGGAGACAAACCCUUUGAAUGUCCUAUCUGCGGGAAAUGUUUCAGUGAGAAUUCCCACCUGGUAAUACACCAGAGGAUUCACACAGGAGAGAAACCCUUUGAAUGUCCAGACUGUGGAAAACGUUUUAGUCAGAAUUCCCACCUUAUGAGACACCAGAAGACUCACACAGGAGAGAAACCCUUUUGAAUAUCCUGAUUGUUGGGAAAGUUUCAGUUGGAAUUCCUACCUAUUAAUACACCAGUUUACUCACGCUGGAGAGAAACCCUUUGAAUAUAUUAUCUGUGGGAAAAGUUCAGUGAGAAUUGCAGCCUGAUGAUUCACCAAAGGACUCACACAGGAGAGAAACCAUAUGAGUGUCCAGACUGUCGGAAAGAUUUUAGUACUAAGGAUAGCCUUCUAAAUAAUAUGCUUAUACACAAGGGGAGUAACCAUUUAAGUGCCCUGAGUGUGAACAAUGCUUUAGGAAAUUUUACAAUCUUAUCACACACGGGAAAAUCCAUAUGUGGAUCAAAGCAAUGAGUGGUCAAAUUAAAGAGUCAAUUUAUGAAUUUCAUUUGAAAUGUUCCAUUGUAAGUUCAACUGAUAAAUUGACUCUUUAAUUUGACUAUAAAGAAUUAGCCUGCUUUUUGAUCAUCAAAUAUGUUAUACUAUUGGAUGGGAAGGAGGAAAGAGAAAAAUUGGAACAUGUUAAUUUUAUAAGGACUGUUUGGCCAUCAGCAGCAGAAGUUGCUGAAUAUUGAUUUUUGCAGAAAUUGUGCAAAUCUGAAAAAAUCUUUUUAGGAAUGUUUUUUCCAUUUUUAUCCUAAUAAAUUAUAGAAAUGUCCCAUGCAGAGUCCCCGCCUUCUCCCUGGGUAUUCUCGAUAUUUUCAUUCCCAUAUUCCCCAAUCAGUGUCUCUUCGGGAUAAGAGCACUCAAGCUGUAGUUAGAGAUUGUGGCUCCUCAUAUAAGGAGAAAACAAGAGGAGAAGAGAAAUUGUUUAUCUUUUCCUAACAAUUGCAUUGGGAUCAACAUUUACUCUUUCCUAACAAUUCCAGAAAUUCAUUACACCACAAGCUUGUCUGCUCAGAUUGUGUCAAGAAUGAGGCAUGAACAUGGAAGAAACCACAGGAAUAGCAAAUAUAUUGGGGGUGUUUGGUGUAGUGACAAAAGCAGUGUAAAAUUUCAGAUGUAAAGGUUGUUAAUGCCCUUCAGGUGACCUUCACGGAGAGGAGCUGUAGGAAUAUUGAGUUGAGGAGAAAAGAGAUUAUGUGUCAGGUGCCCAUAGAUUUCUAUUGGAACUCUGCCAUUUUGGCAGGGAGGGCCUGAAUGCCAUUUUAUGACCUUUUUGCAUUUCUGUUCUUUUCUCAACUUUGAUGUACUUUCAUGGGAAGGGGAAGGAAUUGCCUGUGGCCAUCUCUUUAUCUCAGCUCCAACAGAAUGAGCAAGCUGUGUCUGAGAACAAUUUCUUACCACCUUCUCAACUCUUGAGUUCUCACAACAACUUUCUACCUGUGGAUUGGCUUGCCUUAGACUGGACAGAGGGGAUGGGUUUCUACAAAUUUUAACCUAAUGGUUCUGAGUAGGAACUUCAGAUCUUACUUGCUCUACUUGCUAUCAUUGUCUCAAUAAAAGUUUCCUUUUCAAAUCCC